UCAAAUUGUUUUAAUAAUUAUUAUUCGAAUAUGAAGGGAAUACCUUUUUUCUGCUACUAUUUUAUUCAUUCUUAAUGCUUGGCAACCCAAUUAAUUUGCUAAAUUCUGACAGAUAAAUUCAGUUAAAAGGCAUUUGUAAACAAUCGCGUUUAUAUUAGCUCUACAAAUUUCGUCAAAAUAUGUUUUCAUUAAGUUCUCAGUCAAAAUUUUGGACAUUUGCUAGUGAAGAACAAUUACAAGAAUUGCGCAUAGAAAAGAAUGCAAAAUUCAUAGAGACACAUGGCGGAAAUUUAAGCUUGAAAGAGCAGACUGGUUAUUUCUUAAGUUCAGAUGAGGAACAUAUAUUCUUAAAACAAUGGGAAAUAUAUUUAAAUGAUUUCUGUCGCCGCUUUGACCCACCAAUGCCAAAAUGUGUGGUUGGCACUGCUUUUCAUUACUUCAAACGAUUCUACCUCUACAACAGUGUCAUGGACUAUCAUCCAAAAGAAAUAUUGACCACAUGUGUUUAUUUAGCGUGUAAAGUUGAAGAGUUUAAUGUAUCGAUUGGGCAGUUUGUAGGCAAUCUGAAAGGAGAUCGUAGUAAAGCUGUCAACAUUAUACUCUCAAACGAACUAUUGCUUAUGCAGAAACUUAACUACUACCUAACAAUACAUAAUCCAUUUAGGCCAUUGGAAGGGUUCCUUAUUGACAUAAAAUCACGUAGUGAAAUGGCAAAUCCAGAACGUUUGCGUCCACAUAUUGAUGAAUUUAUUGAUCAAACUUUUUUCACUGAUGCUUGCCUGCUCUAUUCACCAUCUCAAAUUGCUCUGGCUGCAAUUUUGCAUGCUGCAAGCAAGGAACAAGAAAACUUGGAUAGUUAUGUUACGGAAAAUUUGUUUCUCUCUUCAAGGGAUAAAUUACCAAUUAUUAUAGAUUCUGUGCGAAAAAUUCGUUAUUUGGUAAAAACCAUUGUACAACCAAACAAGGAUGCUGUUAAACAUAUCGAAAGGAAAUUAGACGUAUGCCGAAAUCAGGAUAAUAAUAUUGAUAGCGAAGCCUACAAAGAACGCAUGCGAAGAUUGUUUGCAGAAGAUGAUAUGGAUUUACCUAUACACACUAUCUACCAUGUUGGUUUGGAUUCUAGCGCUGAAAUGUCUAUGUUAAACACUAGUCAAUAAGUUCUAAUAAGUUAUAAUUUAACUAUAGUUAUAAAAUACUUUGUACUAUACAUCAGUUGUUAUUCACAUGUUUUGUAAAUAAUAUGAAAUACAGAAGAAACUUAAAUUUAUCGUAAAAUUUA